AUGAAUUACACUAUCAUGUACUUAAAAAAUGACAGCUUAGAUCCCUCUCAUUAUGUUUUAACACCUGAAAUGUUUAAUAAUUCUCUUUAUAAAAGUAAAAAUGGCAUUCGUAAAGGCAUAAUAAUAACAAGUCAUCAAUACACUAAAGUAAAUAAUUCACAAUAUUCAGACUAUGAGUUCAGCAAGUUGAAUUUCUGGAUCAUGUAUGAGGAUAUGAAUGCUUUAUAUUUAGCGUCAGAUGCAAAAAUAGGCUAUAUACUAGAAGUUAAUUUAAAAACUCUACUUAAUCUAUAUAAUGAAAGAUUAGUGAAAGAUAAAGAAGUUGGAAAUGGAAAAUAUAUGUCUGGAGAGAAGCUAGUCCAAACCCUCUUUAUUAAAAAGAAUUAUGUAGUUCAUUAUCGAGCUUUUCAGACAUAUAUAAAGUUCAGAAUAAAAGUUAAAAAGAUUCAUAGUGCUCUUAAAUUUCAGCAGUCUUUAUGGAUGAAAGACUAUAUUGAGAAAAAUAUUUGUAAGCGUAAAAUUGCUAAAGCCAAUAGAGACAAGUUUGAGAUCAUAUAUUAUAAGCUAAAGAACAAUAUAGUCUUUGAUAAACAAAUGAAAAAUGUUCAUAAACAUAUGAGAGUAGAAUUACUCUGA